GCCGUGUCUCCCCACCCGCUUUUUUGACCAGGACCCUCUCUCCCACAUUCGUCUCUCUCUCUCAGUCACAUAGUCAUUUCCCACUCUUGGUGACCCCAUGGACCAGUCCACGCCAGAGCUCCCUGUCGGCCGUCACCGCCCCCAGUUCCUUCAAGGUCGAGCCAGUCCCUUCAAGGAUCCCGUCCAUCCACCUCGCCCUUGGUCGGCCUCUCUUCCUUCUUCCUUCCACUUUCCCCAGCAUCACUCUCUUCUCCAAGCUUUCCUGUCUCCUCAUGAUGUGGUCAAAAUACUUCAGCUUUGCCUCUCAUCUCCUUCCCUCCAGUGAGCAGCCAUUGGGCAUCAUUUCCUGGAGGAUGGACUGGGUGGACCUUCUUGCCAAGGUCCAAGGCACGCUCAGGAUUUCCCUCCAGCACCAGAGUCCAAAAGUGUCUCUCUUCCUUCCUUCGCUCAGCCUUCCUUAUGGUCCAGCUCUCUCUCGCAUCCAUAGGUCACUAUGGGGAAGACCAUGGCUUUGACUAUGUGGACCUAACCUGUGAAGGCCAUUUUGGGCCCUAAUCCUGCCCUCCUUCCCUCGGGGGUCUUGCUCCUGCUGCAGAAAGAGCCCAAAAAGGGAGAACCCUCCCACCCACCCAGCCUGCCUUCUGGGCCACCCCGCCAGGACUUCUGCCUGAGGUCCACAACUGGGCCCACUAGUCACAUCGCCUUUAUGGCUGGCGGAAGCUCUUCUCUGAUUUGAAUGUGUUCUAUGUUGUGUCUUGUUUUGUCGUCAACCCCGCUGCAGGCUCAUUGGGUGGAUGCUGGUCACUCUGGGACCGACACGCAGCUGGAACUGGGCGAGGGAGAGAUCCACCUGAAGACUGUGAGAGGGCCACCCGGAGGCACCUAGCUGGCUUCCAGGCAGUCCCCAGGUGGGAGCAACUACUCAGCCUGAUCAAAAGGGAAAUGAGGAUUCUAUGGGACCUGCUCUUGGGUGAAGAAAGGAAACCGAGCGUAUAGAUAGGAAGAAGAAAUCCUCUCAAGGUGAUGAUCUUGCUGAAUUCCUGACCUCACUUACAGAUAAGAAAGGAAAAACAAAGGGUCAAGUGUCUGCUUUGUAAUUAAACACCCAUGUCACUGUUGACAUGAAGGGGAAAGCAUCUAAAUGCCAGGUUUGUGGCAAGAGCUUCACUCGGAGGAUUCAUCUUCAGCAACAUGAAAGGACUCACACCGGGGAGAAGCCCUAUGAAUGCCUGGAGUGUGGAAAGAGCUUUGCUCAGAGUGGAGAUCUACAUCGGCAUCAAAGAACUCACACUGGGGAGAAGCCCUAUGAAUGCCUGGAGUGUGGAAAGAGCUUCAGUGGGAGUGGAACUCUACGUUUACAUCAGAGGACUCACACCGGGGAGAAGCCCUAUGAAUGCCUGGAGUGUGGAAUGAGCUUUGCUCAGAGUGGAGAUCUACAUCGGCAUCAAAGAACUCACACCGGGGAGAAGCCCUAUGAAUGCCUGGAGUGUGGAAAGAGCUUCAGUGGGAGUGGAACUCUACGUUUACAUCAGAGGACUCACACCGGGGAGAAGCCCUAUGAAUGCCUGAAGUGUGGACAGAGCUUCACUAGUAGUUCAGGUCUACGUGCACACCAAAGGUCUCACACUGGGGAGAAACCCUAUACAUGCCGGGAAUGUGGACAGAGCUUCACUGAGAGUGGAGGCCUACGUUCACAUCAAAGAACUCAUACUGGUGAGAAACCCUAUAAAUGCCUGGAGUGUGGAAUGAGCUUCACUCAGAGUACAAAUCUACGUUCACAUCAAAGGACUCACACUGGAGAGAAACCCUAUACUUGCUUGGAAUGUGGACAGGGCUUCACUCAGAAAAUUCAUCUACAUAGACAUCAAAGGACUCACACAGGAGAGAAACCCUAUAAAUGCCUGGAGUGUGGACAGAGCUUCACUGUGAGUGGAAGUCUACGUAGGCAUCAGAGGAUUCACACUGGGGAGAAACUCUAUAACCACAUGGAGUGUGCAAAGAGCUCUGAGAGUUCAAAUCUAGAGAGACAUAGCAUUCCCACUGGGGAGAAUAGUGGCAUUUGACCCCAGAGAGACUUUCGAAGACAGAGCUUUCCUGAGGCAGAGACACCCGAGAAAAACCCUUUUUUCUUAUGAAUCAAGGAAAACCUAUAACCUGAUUUUACCCACAUGUCAGCUCACUUUCCGCUGACCACAAUAAAGUCAUAAUCAUAACUAGAAAUCAGAUAAAAGUAGGCACAUUCGGAGUACCUUGAACACAUUCAUACCAAGAAAACAAGCCAAUUGCAUAAAGAGUAAUAAAUAUGCAAUAAAUAAUGUACACUAUAAACCCGACCGAAACUAAUAUAGUUGAGGAAAACACCUAAAAUGCUGAAGCCUGCAGGUGUCUUAAGGUGACCACAAUAAAAGAAAUAGAUCUCGAUCCAGACACAUCAGGAGAAAGCACAGAAACUGUUGAUCAACAUGGGGUCAUAAGGGACGCAGGAACAAGACCAGGACAUGUACCCCAGCUGAUGAGGGUUUUUCCUAUCAAUCAUAAAGGUAUUUUUCAAUGUAUUAAUAAUUAAUUAUAAUCAACAACUUAUAUAACAGCGUCUGUAUAAAUAUGAGAUCUGUACCAAGCAGAAGGUGUGGAAGCUACCUUGAAUCAUCCGCAGAGCUGAAGCUUCUCACCCUUUCCCAAUGGAAACAGUAAAUCACUGAACUCGGAACCCUGCUGGUCUGGCGUUGUUCUUCCCUACCAUCUGCGUCCAAACGGACUGGCCGCUGUCUGCUGCAACACUUUCCAAGCUUUACGUGAUGGAGACACACUUUUUAGACACACAUCCUUUUGUCAGACUAACAAACCGGAGGUUAAGCCAACCCCAGAUACAAUUUUCAGUAUAUUCAUAUGCUGUUAUCUAUAUAUACAAAAGAGUGAUGGAAUCAGGGCACCGGACAAAACAACAAAACUACAUGUCCCCCAACCUCGAAAUUUGACAACACAACCCAUCAUCCACGGCUCUAGGUUGAUACAACAAAAAGAAAAGAAAAAGUCCUAAUUAGAGGGAGAGCAAUAAUUGUUUUUAUCCAAUUGUUACCAGUUAGAGGGCUAAGCUCCGCACAUAGACCCCCUCUAUCGUCACCACUUUCACAGUACACAAACAACCAAAUGCAUACUAAACAUAAAGACAACCAUACAACACACAUUCAAUACCACCACUACCUCAGCAAUUUCUCAACAACACCACCAAACAAUGCCACAGCAACGCGUGGCCGGGCACAGCUAGUAAUAUAUAGAGAGAUAAGUUUCAUAUAAUCUUUAUUGGAUAAAUAAUCCUUGUGUCAUUUUUUCUAUUGUUCAGUGACGCCCUGAGUCCCCCCGGGUGAGAAGAGCGGGGUAUAAAUGCUGGAAAUAAAUUAUCAAAAACUUCA